AUGGCGAUCCCACGACCCCGCGACUACGCCUCGGCCCUCGCGCACCUCAACCUCCUCAUCCCCAACCGCUCCAUCACCGCCCGCCUCGCCGCCCAGGCCCCCUCUGGCCCGGACCCGAACCUCCUCGCCAUCCCCGAGAUGCUCGACUCCCUCGCCCGCACAGGCCUGACGCCCGCCUCCCUGCAGCCGCUCCGCGUCGUGCACGUCGCCGGCACAAAGGGCAAGGGCUCCGUCAGCGCCUUCCUGACAGCCGCCCUGACGGCCGACGCAGCACGCGGCGGCGGCGUCGCGGGCCGCAUCGGCACCUACACGUCGCCGCACCUCGUCACGCCGCGCGAGCGCAUCGCCGUCGGCGGCGCGCCCCUGUCCGAGGCCGCCUUUGCGCGCUACUUCUUCGACGUCUGGGACCGCUUCACGGCGAGCGCGCGGGCCCGCGGCGAGCCGGACGCCGACGGCCCGGCCUCGAAGCCCUUCUACUUUCGCUUCCUCACCGUCAUGGCCUUUCACGUCUUCCUCGGCGAGGCGUGCCGCAGCGUCGUGCUCGAGGUCGGCAUCGGCGGCGCCUACGACGCCACGAACGUCGUGCCCGCCGAGAGCGUCACGGCUGCCGUCGUGACGAGGCUCGGCGUCGAUCACGUGGGCAUGCUCGGCGGCACGAGGGAGGAGAUUGCGUGGCACAAGGCGGGCAUCAUGAAGAAGGGGCGGCCGGCGUUCACGAGGCUCGUCGAGGAACGGCCCUCGGUCAUGGCCGUCCUGCGGGAGAGGGCUGCGGCGCUGGAGUGCAGCGAGCUCGUCGAGGUGAAGGACGCCGACGUCGAGGCCUGGGGCGGCGUCGAGAGCGGGCUGCGGGGCGAGUUUCAGAGGUAUAACCAGGCGCUGGCGGCGCUGGCGGCCGAGGAGCACCUCUGCGCGCUCGAGGGUCGCACGUCGGCGAGGAAGCUGUCAGACGUGAGGCCGAGCGUGCUGGAGGCUCUCAAGAGUGCCUCUCUGAGAGGCCGCCACGAGAAGAUGAGCGAUACGGAGCGGGGCAUCAGCUGGCUUCUCGACGGUGCGCACACGACUGACAGCCUUGAGGAGACGGCCAAGUGGCUCGCCGCUGAGAGACAGAAGCAGCCCAAGGCGGGCAUCGUGCUGCUAUUCAAUCAGCAGGAGCGUGAGGCAAGCGAGCUGCUGCUUCACUUCCUGGCGACUUUGCGCAAAGAGAUUGGCGAUGCCGACGACAAACUAUUCAAGGCUGCCGUCUUUUCGCGAAACGACGCGAAGAGCGAUGAGGGAGCUCCCGAUGCUGACAUUACUGUGCAAGAAAGCUGCCGCGAGGCCUUUGCGUCAGUAUAUCCAAGUGUACCAACACACAUCACGCAGAACCUCACAUCAGCCAUUGAACACAUUCGUGGGUUCAGCACACCAGGCGACAAGACGGAGCAACAGACGGUAUUGGUGACGGGCAGCAUGCACCUCGUCGGGGGCGUCAUUGGGCUGCUGGAGCCGGAAGGUCUAAAAUAA